GGGGGGGCAAGGCACAUUACAUGGAGGCAGGGCACACUACAUGGGACAGAGCACAUGGUAUAUUGCAUGGAACAGGACACAUUACAUGGGAAAAGCACAGGGAACAUAGUGUGGGAGAGGGCACAGAGCACAUCACACAAGACAGAGCACAUUAUUAUGGGACAAGGCACAUUACACAUUCCGUGGGACAGGGCACAUUCUGUGGUACAAAUUCCGUGGCACAGGGCACAUUCCUUGUCGCCCCCGGGUCACACAAAGCAAGCCGGCCUGUGAUGGUGCUGCAUGUCUGCACGAGUCAUCAGAGACCCGGUGAAGUCCAUCCAAGCAGGCAGAGGAGAGCCAUCCACAAACCUGCCACUGCUGGGAGGCCGGAUCAGGAUGGGGUCCGCCAACAAUGCAGCGGGGGGACGUAUGGAUCCCCGGGACACCAACAUUCCGAGGCAGAAGCAGCACAGCCUCUUUACUGGCAGCAGAGAGGCCCAGUCCGCUACUGUGAUAGGUAGAUUAGGAGGCCGCAGGGCCCCUGUGAGCGCAAAGCCUUAUGCAUCCAUCUCAUUUGCUUCAUUACAGAGCCGCCUCUGCACUCCCCUGUACUUUAUGUCCAGGCUAAUUAGUUGUUGGCAUCCAUAUUUACCAAUCUCUGUUUAUUUGUUUUUUUUUCUUUCCACAGGGCUGCGCCGUGACGGCUUCGAGGAGCCCUCCCCUCUAUUCCGCUGCCUGGUGGUCGAGGAAGAAGAUGAACAGAAAAGAGCAGAAGGGCUGCGGCUGGUGGGUUACACCCUGUCCCACUACAUCUACACAGCAUUUUGGGGGCGAUCACUGUACCUGGAGAACAUCUAUGUCAUGCCGCAGUACAGAGGUAAAGGCAUCGGCUCCAAGCUGAUGAUGGCGACAGCAGAGCUGUGCCGGUCUCUGGGCUGCGCCUGUUUGCUGCUUUUUGUCCAUAACUGGAACCAGCCGGCCAUCUCAUUCUACCAAUCCUGCGUGGGGCGCGACAUGUCUGAAGAGGAAGGGUGGCACACAAUCCGGUUCCUCCCGAAUGACCUACAAGAGAUGCUUUCUAAGAACUCCAAGAGGGCUGCAGAUCCCGGACUGUUAUAA